AUGCCAGGCAAAAUCCCGCGCGGCCGAGGUCGUAAUUCGCAUGAGCCUUCUGUCGGGUCUGCCGAUGCCACAGUUUCACCCUGGCCCGACGGGCCCGCGCAGGCGAAGCGCAGAAAGACCCAGAAAGAACCUGCUAUUCGCGCAGUCAACUCCAAGGGUCGGACGGCCGGCCGACUGAGCGCACUUCCAACUCUACCCCUUGACGUUCUCUAUGAGAUAUUCGGACACCUGGAACCGGUCGACCUGUUAAAUCUUUCCCGUACAACGAAAGCCUUUCGGACGGUUCUGUUGUCGAGUCAGUCACAAUUUCUCUGGAGAAGCGUGCUGGACGCCUUCGAGGCAGCCAACGAGUUCCACUUCCCUUGUCCAGAGGAUGUAUCUAUUCCUCUGUGGGUAAACCUGGUCUACGGUGGAGAGCACUGCGAUACAUGUGGCGCUAAGGCGAGAAAGAUGCUCUGGUGCCUUCGACGGCGUUUGUGCAAGGGCUGUGCCAAAACAUUAUUGGUGAAGCAUGAGGAAGCCUUUCACAUGCUACCCAUCUGCGAGGAGGUGAUUGGGUUCAGCUCUGCGCUUCCCAGUGACUGGUUGACGUCAACUAGCGGAACGCGGUUCCUACGCUCCGACGUAGCAGAACUUGCAACUGAGAUCGCCAAUCUACCCGUGAAGCUACCCGAGUCGGGCAGCGGGGAAAAUCGCACAGAAUGGAAAGCAGCAAUCGCCGCAAUAUUCGCCACCAGAUCGGCAGCAUCAAGUGCUCGUGUAAAACACGCGCAUGAUUGUAGUAUUGAAGAAGGUGCGAAAGGCAUAAUGCGCGGCCAAGAAAUUGGCCUACUCAGGUAUGCGCGGUUUCAAGAGAUCUGUAAACGCCUAGUAGCGAUGGGCUACGACGAAUGUGACGUAGACUCACUGGAAGUCCGAGAACACAAGGACGUCUAUCAACCUAAGCCACUCACAGAACGAGUUUGGAAAAGGAUUUGUCCCAUUCUGUGUGACGUCGUGGAGGAGAUCCGGUACGGGCGUGAAGCCCUCGCGAGACAUGGAAGAAGGCAAAGGCGCAGCGAUCUCAUCGAUGGAGGCUACGAAGCACUGCUUGUUUCCUUCGCUCCGCCUUCCUCGCUCUCUCUGAUGCCCACCCUGUCCACCUUCCGCGCAAUGCCUGAGAUCUCGGCGUUCCUGGAAGAGGACUUCCUUGACGAUGAUGAUGUCGCUCGCUCUACAUACCGCCAGAAGUACACGGAUGUCGUGGCUGGCUCGACCCAUGCUAUACACGAGUGGGUAAUGGGUCGACAAUCCUCCUUGCGUGCGCUACUUCCGGAUACAUGGCCUCGCUCUGACUUUUCGCCAACCGACGUCGAAGCAUUCUGGCCCAUCAACCCGCACCCUCACGCUGAGCGAUCUCCACUCGAUGUCUUCUCUGAAGUUGCAGAUCUUGAUCUCGUCAUCUACACGUUCACCUGCGUUCGCUCCCGCUGUAGGAAGGCUGAUUACCGCGUCUUUUGUGGUCUUGACGCUCUUGCUCAUCAGUGCCACUCUGACACCACCGACCAUACCUUGAAGAUGGAGGCGAAUACGACAGCCCACGCCGCUGUAUUGAGCAUCUUGGGGCUUCUUAAGCUCGAGUCCACCCGCACACGGCCGGUCGAUCUUGACAAGAGGGAUGAUAUAUUCAUUAUGCAAGGUAGUGAACCGUCUUCGCGGUCCCUGAUGACCUGGCGUCAAGCGGUCGCGGCCUGUGUUGCUGCACCUGACACGACGCUGCAACUUGCAACCGAUCUCGAGCGAAUAUAUGUCACCCUGAUCAAGCGUAGGCGUACAGCGGAAUAUGCUCGAUGCGACGUCGAAAGUGGAUACAGCUGGGGAUGCGCUCACUGCUCCGACUUCCUUAAAGGCCUCGAACAGGAGCAUCUGAAGUAUACUACCGCGAUGAAGCUGCCUUGGAUCCGAUCUCACAUAGAGGCGAAGCACGGGGUACGACGGGAAGAUGCCGUCGAGGGGCGCGAUUAUUUCCAUCUCCGUCACUUCGCGCGCUAUUCCCUUCAUGUGCUUACCUCUGUACCGGGUCUCGAGGCCAAAGUGCACUCCAUGAUGGCGAGCAUGGGCGUACGACCCGAGGAUACGGAUACAGAGACCUAG